GCGUAGCUCGCUGGUUUCAGCUCAUUGUGCGACUCCAGCGAGAGAAAUUUCCGCUUCCUGCACCGAAAAACAACAACCGAGCAACCAACACACAACGAGCCGACGUGAAGUUUAGGCGCAGGGGGACAGGGAGCGAGUGAACACCGGGGAUUUACCGCCUGUCUUCGGGUAAAAACACCCCCGACGACUGCAGUAUGUUUUCACUAUCAGGCGGCGAAUAGCAGCAAACGGACCAACUUUCCGUUGGCAUUGUUCGCGGGAGCGUUUCACGCAUUCUGCACCACACGGAGCCUGUGAAAAGGCAAAGGAAGGAGGAGGAGGCACCACAAAAAAGGACAGACACAAGGAGAAGCAAGGCUACUACGGGUAUUCCUCCUAUCAGCUCCGCCUGAAAGUCCGUAUUCAGCCUCCAGGAUGUCGGAGCGAGGAGGGCUCCCGCGGACUGGGGGCGUCCCUUCGCCGCACAUGCAGCCCUCCAAGCCGGUCAGCAUCACCUCCAACCGGCCGGUCCACAUGAACCUGUACGCUACCUGGGAGGUGGACCGCUCCUCGCCCAGCUGUGUGCCGAGGCUGUUCAAUCUGACCCUGAAGAAGCUGAUCAUGCUGAAGGAGCUGGAUAAAGACCUCACUUCUGUCGUCAUAGCCGUCAAACUGCAGGGCUCUAAGAGGAUCCUUCGCUCCAAUGAGAUCCUGCUGUCCUCGGCGGGGCUGACAGAGACCGACCUGCAGCUCACCUUCUCCCUGCAGUAUCCACACUUCCUGAAGAGGGAUGCCAACAAGCUUCAGAUCAUGCUGCAGCGACGGAAGAGAUACAAGAACCGGACCAUCCUGGGCUACAAGACCCUGGCUUUAGGACUCAUCAACAUGGCAGAGGUGAUGCAGCACCCAAGUGAGGGCGCUCAGGUCCUGGGGCUCCACAGCCAACUGAAAGACGCCUCAGUUCCUGUUGCUGAGGUCCGAGUCUACUCCCUGUCCAGCCAGCCAAUCGACCACGAGGGCCCUAAAGCUAAGAUGUCUGAUCGAUCUCCAGACAUCGACAACUACUCAGAAGAGGAAGAAGAGAGCUACUCGUCAGAGCAGGAAGGCAGUGACGACCCCAUUCAUGGACAGUAUCUUUAUGAUGAAGAAGACGAAGUGAGGAAGAAGAAGCCGAGGCGAAAGCUGCCCUCCAAUGCUGCCAUCACCAGACAACCCAACAUCAAGCAGAAGUUUGUGGCCCUGCUGAAAAGGUUUAAAGUUACUGAUGAGGUCGGUUUUGGCCUUGAGCAUGUCUCCAGGGAGCAGAUCCAGGAGGUGGAGGAGGACCUGGAUGAGCUCUAUGAUAGCUUAGAGAUGUACAACCCGAGCGACAGCGGGCCUGAGAUGGAGGAGACGGACAGCAUCCUCAGCACCCCCAAACCAAAGCUAAGGCCGUUCUUUGAGGGAAUGUCCCAGUCCAGCUCGCAGACGGAGAUCGGCAGCCUGAACAGUAAAGGCAGCCUGGGCAGAGACACCUUCAGUCCGCAGGGGGAGCAGCAUCCACUAGAGAAGAUGAAAACCUCCCGCAGCCGCAACCUGGAGGAGGCGCUGUCUGAGACUGACACUCUGGAGCUGACAGAUCAGGAGCUGUUUGCUGAAGUUGGCCCCUGCAUCACCGUGUCAGUGGCCGAGAAACCCCGUACACCUCUGAAGAGCAGCAAAAGUGAAACCGUAGCCAUGCCAUCACCAAGGUUGGAUGGUGGCCACACCCCCCGACAGAAGCGCAUCAGCACGCCCAUGAAGGAGCGACAGCUAUCCAAACCUCUGAGUGAGCGCACUAACAGCUCCGACUCGGAGCGAUCCCCAGAGCUGGGGCACAGCACGCCGCUCCUCAGGAAGGUGGUGUAUGACCAGCUCAACCAGAUUCUGCUGUCAGAUUCGGCGCUACCUGAGAGCCUGAUUCUGGUGAACGGCACAGACUGGCAAGGACAGUAUGUGGCCGAGCAGCUGCAGGUUCAGAGACACCCAGUGGUCUGCACAUGUUCUGCAGCUGAGAUCCAGGCGGUGCUCUCCGCGGUGCUCACUCGCAUCCAGAAAUUCUGUAACUGUAACUCCUCCAUGCCCCGCGCUGUCAAAGUGGCGGCGGUGGGCAGCCAGAGUUACCUGGGAGCCAUCCUGCAGUUCUUCGUCACCCAGCUCGCCAACAAGACCUCCGACUGGCUCAACCACAUGCGCUUCCUGGUCGUGCCUCUAGGUUCUCACCCCGUUGCCAAACACCUCGGCGCCCUGGACAAUCGCUACAGCUCCUCCUUCCUAGACGGGGCGUGGAGAGACGUGUUCAGCCGCUCCGAGCCGCCGCAGACAGAUCAGUUGGAUGUAGCUGGAAGAAUCGCCCAGUACAUCAGCGGAGCUACCGUCACUCACCAGCUGCCCAUCGCUGAGGCCAUGCUCACCUGCAAACACAGGACGCGAGAUGAAGACUCCUACCAGAAGUUUAUUCCUUUCAUUGGGGUUGUAAAGGUCGGUCUCAUCGAGUCUGGUCAGUCUCCAACAGGAGACACAGAGGAGGGCGUGGCAGUGAGCUUGGCUGUCCCAUCAACGUCUCCUCCUUCCCAUGGCUCACCCACAGGGAUGAUUAAAGAGGCAGCCACGCCCCCAUCUUCCCCCUCCAUGGGCAGUGUCCUGACAGUGCAAGGGAGUCCCAGCAUGUCUCACGGCUUGGACGCAAUCGGCCUGCAGGUGGACUACUGGCUAGCCUCGCUGGCCGAGAAGCGGCGGGAGGGUGAGCGACGCGACACAGGCUGCAAGAACACGCUAAAGAGCGCCUUCCGCUCACUGCAGGUCAGCAGGUUACCAGGAGGGGGCAGCAACGACCCUCAGGCCCAGGUCAGCACCAUGGCCAUGACGGUGGUCACCAAGGAGAAGAACAAGAAAGUUCCCACCAUCUUCCUGGGAAAGAAGCCGAAGGAGAAGGACGUGGACUCAAAGAGUCAAGUCAUUGAAGGCAUCAGCCGCCUGAUCUGCUCUGCAAAGCAGCAGCAGACCAUCCUGAAAGUGUCCAUAGACGGUGUGGAGUGGAACGAUGUGAAGUUCUUCCAACUGGCUGCUCAGUGGCCAACACACGUCAAAUACCUACCUGUUGGACUUUUUGGUUACAGCAAGCCUCCCUCCUAGGGACGAGCCCCCGCCGCCUCUUCCAAUCCCUGACCGUCAGCAGCUGCAGAGCUGAGAGAAAACUCAGAGCGGAUGGACUUUUUCCUUUCUCCAGUUUCAGUUUGGCUACAGUCGUCAUGUUUCUCUUUUGGGAGGGAGAGGAGGAGGAGCGCUGUUACUAGUCACUUUAACGCCCCUUUUGUGUGUGCGUGGCGAGUGCAUGCACACGUGAAUGUACAGUAUGUGUGUGUUUGUGUGUUAACAAGGGGCUCACAGCACAAGUUUAAUCGCUAACUGCCGUUUAUGUUUCCGUUUUAUGGAAUGCAACAGCAUGCAACAACUCACCGAUUUCAGCCCCUUAAAGUCCGACCCUUGACUUAAGACCACCUCAAGGUCCUAGUGCUCACUUCCACACCUGAUCCACAUGUGCAUGCUCCCAACUAACACAUACACCACUCAUGUGCCGGAAAAACUAAAAUUAAAAAAGUAAUGCAACAGGGCUUCAGUUUGUGCAUGAGAAAACACAAAGAAAAGUCUGUUCUGCUCCUGACAGGCAGUGAAAAACAGCGUGCAUGUGAUGAAUUUUACCUCCACAUGUUUUCAGAUACAUCCACAGCACAGGUGCCCUUCAAAUCAGGCGUAGUGUUUUUAAUUUCAAGGGCUUCCAUAUGAUUUAAGAUAUUUUCUGUACCGAGAUUAGUCAUUUGGAUGUCUAAUGCCAAUUGUUUCCUUUCAAAACAAGAAAAAAAUAAUAUACAUACACGGGAAGUGUCUCUUAUAUUGUGCUCUAGUGAAAAUAGUUUAAAAAAAACUUCCCUUUAAAGGUGUUUUUGUGAUGCGUAGUGUACGUUUUCGUGAGGGUUCCAGGAUUUCAGGGCAGGAGUGCAGCUUCUUUUAGCUUCUUAUUUGCUAUGCACUUAUGAGUACACAUCUGGGUGUUUGCCGAGAGAACAGCUGGUGAAAUAUACAAUAAAAACAGAAAAAUAAAUGUGCAACACGACAACAGAAUGCAUAUUUAAACAGACUGGAACUAUGAUGGGAAAAGCAUAUUUUUAUCCUGCAUAAACUCUGCUUUUCAGGGUAAAUAUGGCAGUGAAACACCUGCAAUAAAGCACAAUGUUGUUUGCUACUUGGCCCUUAAUUUUUCCUUUCUUUAUUGGCAAUAUUCCAACUGCAGACCUGUGCAGAAGCAUAUCCAUGCAAGCAGAGAAAGAAAUGUUCUUUGAUUUGAGUAUUUAGGCUGCUACAGGUCUGCUACAUGCUUUCUCUAGUAUGUCGUGAGGUGAUUAGUGAGUGUACAGUAUCUGGUAACACGUGUGUGUGGUGAAAUUAAUGUAAUGUGGUCAAACUUUAUAAAAAUAUCACUAAAAAGGAUGAAAACAUUUUUCUACCAUGUGACAGAGGGGACAUGCUAUUGGUGUGUGUGUGUUAGUGUGUGCUGGCAGCGUAUGUUGAUGAUGUGGUUAUUAUCAAUCUUAUUGAUCAUAACAUUAGGGCUGUAAACACUGCAGUAGGAGUCUCGAUAAUGUUGUAGCCUGACACAAGGAAAAAAGAUAUCUUUUUAAAUAUAAAAGACAAUUAGUGCCACAUGAGAAAAAUGAGUAUUGAAUUAAAGGUAGGGUCAUCAUUACCUUUACCUAAUCAUUAAUCACGAUUAGGUAAAGGUAAGAAAUAAAUGCAUUUUAAAAAAUAGAUAGCAUGCUGUUAUUUUGAGAAGCUUCUUUUCAUUGUUUCAUUUCCGAUAAAAAAAAAAUCUGAGAGGGGUCUGGCAGCAGACCAUAACUCUCAGACGCCCCCUCUUGCAGGCCGUUACUGUUAGAUGCUGCAUCUGUCAGAAGGGAUACACCCUAGAUUUUUACAAAGAAAUUGGAUAAACUUUCGGUUGGGUUAGGGUGAGGGUUAGGAUACCGAAAGUUAAAAAUCUGACCUACAAAACCUGCUUACAAAAGGUUUGAUAGAGCCGAGCCAGUCUACCUAUAAAAAAAAGCUCACCCUACAUUUAAACAUUUAUUGUAGCAUCUAUUGUAGCAAAUGUAGCUUACAUAUCUCCGUGAGCUGCAUGAGCUACUUAUAUAACAGAGCUACGUAGAUAAUGCAGCUAUAGCUCACCAAGCUCAUGCAUAUCUAUACUAACAAAACUAUGAAGCUAACAUUUGCUACCAGUUACAUAGCUAUGUUAUCCACAUAGCUUACAUAGCUACGUUAGCUGUUGCUAUGUCUGCUAAAGCUCACAUUGCUAACUGAGGUACAGUAGCUUACUUAGUAAUGUUAACUAUGUAGCUAGCAUGGCUAUGUUAGCUUUAGCUACAGCUAACAAAGCUAAUGUGAGCCACCAUUUAUGUAUCUACUUCUAAAGUGGGUCUAAACAUAAUUUAACAAUCGGAUUAGACCACUGUGCUUUUUCUCUGUUUUAUCUAUGAAUGCAGUGUCUCCCAUUAAGGGUCUUUCAGAGGGAGUGUCUGAGAUCUACAGUCUGCAGCCAGACUGUCUAGGAAACGCUCCCAUGACAGCAAGUCUAAUGUACUCUGUACCUUGUGAUAUAACACCUCCCUUUACUGCUCCCUUUGGCUAUUUUCAUUUAAUUUUGAACCCAUGCAUAGCAAACUCCUUUAUUUUCUUCAAUCAAGCUUAUGUUAACUAUCAAAGGUACUCAGUUUUUUCAUGAAAAGAGUGCAGUUUUAUCCAAAAAUAAGUCGACUUCUUCUAGCUUAAGACAGUACAAAUCAAAAGCCGCUGUUUUUGUGAGAAAACCUUUGUUCGAUUGUUAACUUUAACUGGUUCAAAGCAGCUAAAUCUGAACUCCUAAAAAGUGCAGCUGCUGAUGCUCAUAUUCACCACUGAUCAGUCGACUUCAGUGAGUCAUUUUGUACAUGCACUCCUAAUGCAUACCAGCGUUCAUCUCUUAGAAAUAUGUGAUUCCCAAAUCAAGAAACUGUUAAGAAUUGCUUCACAUCAUUGACACAAACCAAGAUUUUUUUUCAAAUGCAAACAAAUGUGAAGGUGGUGAUACAAAUUUCAGUGAUUAAUUACAAUAAACAAAAGUUAGCAUUUGACGCCCUAAUUGAAAUUCAAAGUUAAACUCAGAAUUCUAGCUUCCUUCAGAAUCAAAAAACAUUUUUCACAUCUGUCACUAAUAUUGUCUCAAAAACAGCAAAACAACACAUUUUUAGUCAAUUCAAGAGAAACAAACUUUUUAAAAAUGUGUUUGUUUUCAAACAUCUUGUGUCCCCUACAUCGUCUCACUCUCCCAUUGCAGUGAAGUAUUAGCAAACUAGUUUCUUCUAAUAGUGUUGAAGCCAAUGUCUUCAUUUAAAUUGUGUUUUUGUCUGUUUUUUGUCCAGAUUAGAACGUGUUGAUAUUACAGUGUUACAGUUGUGAUGUCAGCAGCUUCUUAAACUCGCCUCGUUUCCCUGUUGGAUGACAACUGAAGGGUUUCAGAGCUCGCUGGUUUUCUCUCUGUUUGAUAAUGGGCACCGACGAACAAACACUCGCCUCGGUGCUGGUGGCUUUAAGUUCUUCUAAAUAACUGAAUGUAUUGAAUUAAGUUUACACUAUAGUGCAACUUUGGACAGUUGGUGUCAGAUUCUAGAAAAGUUCCACCGGUUCAUUAUCAUGUUAGAAGGGAAAUAUGAGAAACAACAAGGAGCAGAGUGUAUCUCUUGAAUGCACCCUUCUUUUACAGCUUUUGUCUUUCUUCAUGUGUUGCUGAAAACCAGUUAAGGGCUUUAAAGAUAGACUGAUCAGUGAGCUUUGACGUACUGUAGUUUGAUCAUUUCAUUCUAAAUUUAGGUAAAUUUGAAAAAUGGCCAUUAAAAUGUAUGUUAUAAAAUAAAUAAUAAUAAUGUUUUAAACAACAAACUAACAAUCUUACUUCAAAGUAUACAACAUUUGUAAUUUGGGCUUAAUCAUUAAAAAUUUCGAUUUCCUUGGUGUUCACAAUUCUUUAGCUAGUUCCACUAAAUGCAAAUAUUUUUGGAUUUGCCAGGCUUCAAAGCCAGAUUUAGCAAAUGAUCCUUAUGCUUUGUAAACAGUGUUUUCUCAGCUUGUUUUGAAAGGGGCUAAUCUAAAUAUUUUUAUAUUAAUUAUACAGAAAAUUAAAUGAUGUUAUCAGAGAUUUCUGGGGAACAAAACCUGGAGAAUUUGCACCAAACUCUCCAGUUUGUAUGAAGUUUUUGAAUCUUUUACAGGGUGUCCUAAUAGCAUGUGACGCAAGCAGGCACCAGAAACAAAUUCAGCUUGAUUACACUGAUUCCCUUUGUAAACUUCACUAAUUUUGAUUUGAUGCAACAGCUCUCUGGGCUUUUUUAUCCAAAGAAACCCUACAAACAUAUCCAACCACAACCAAUUUUAAAUUAAGAAGUAGUUAGUUAAAAGUGUGGAAUAUUUAGCAACUAACAUGCAAAAUUUUUGUUGGUGGAGACCAAAAACAGAGCUAAAUGCCCCCAAAAUAAUCUUUAAAAGAAUAAAAUUAACUCCAAAAUGCCAUAUUUAAAAAAAAUAAUAAAAAUGCAUCUUUUAAAUUCAGACGAUAAUGUGAUGAUUCUGGUUCAAGCUGGUCUAAGUUUAAGCUCAAGUCACAUUAAAAAAAAACACAGUCAUGGCAUUGUUUGGCUCGCCAUGAGACAGGAAGUAGUUUUCAGUGUCUUUAAACAUCAGUAAAGCCAUGAAUCUUAGCAGGUUGGAUUGAAAUGUGUUUAAGUUGUAAACAUACAGAAACACUGUGCCAUUUUUAUUGAUUUGCAUUAACUUAAAAUCCCCAUCCACUUAAAAUUUGUUAAUAGUCUCAGGAAGUUUAUACCCCUUUUGUGUAAGACAUGGUAACUUGGAUCAGAAAACGUGGAUCAGAAGAACCCCGUCUUAGGGCUUAUGGAGAAUUUUCCAUGACUCCUUUCUCCUGAAAAAUGUGCUAAGAUUCAUGGCUCAACCAGUGUUUUGAAACUCAGGAAGAAAUUUCCUGAUUCAUGAUGAGAAAAAUGUUAAUCUGUAAGUAGGCAGUUUGUGGGAUGCUAACUUGUUACUUUGUAAUGAGACAUGUCAAGGUUAUCUUCACCGCUGCCCCCAACUGUUCAAAAUGAGGACUUCAAGGAGUAAUGCAGACAAAUAAAAGGGAUCACAUACCUAAAUUAAGUGGCAACCAAAAAUUAAGAUUACUUUGUGCAUUGUUAUAACUUCCUGUUAUCAAUUAGUAUCUUUGUAAAAUUACAGGACACCAAACAUGUAAAGUUUAAAGUUAUUUCAAUGUAAACAAAUGUAAACAGCAUUUUGGAAUGAUGUAAUCGAUUUUAACUUAAACUGUUACCAUAGGUGGCCAUGUUUCUGCUCUUUAUUAAUAAUACCAGUAAUACAUAAUGCUGUCUGCCUUGUAGUGUUGUUAGCCUACAUUAAUGUGAAUCUAAACAUGCCCUAAAUUGUAUGAAGUCGUAGUUUAUUGGAGCCUCUUUUGCUUUCAGGGUGUAAGGUCAGGCUGGCUUGGAAAUACUCUCCUGAAAGAGGGGCAUAAAAUCAAAAUCACUGCCAAAGUUACAUCGUGAUGACAUUGUAAUUAUAUGAAAUGAGAUUAAAACUUUUUUGCUUGCUCAUGACAGCAAAGUGAUCCUUGUUCUGAAGCCUUCAUUUCAAAGUUCUUAUCACAGCCAUCUUUCAGCUCACACUUACCGUUUACAUGUUUUCUAAAGUCUCUGGUUGUUCUGUAGAAGUCUUGAACUUGUUCCUGUGUGUUUUUACCUGUACCUCUAUACCUGUGUCGACCUGUGUUUGUAGCGGUGGUUUUUCUGUCCUUUGACAAGUCGUGGUUAGAGAUUAGUAACUGUUUGGUCCAUCAAUAAUCUCUGUCAGUGAUCAGCAGUGUCUUUUCUCUCUGCCGUCCUCAGAUAAAGUGUCCCUCUGAUAAUGAGAGUCUUCUCCACCAGGCUUCCACAAGCUUAGCGUAAAUACUACUGUCCCCUUUCCUCACAGCUUGUAAAUUUGCUGUCUGUCUUCAUGGGAACAGGAUUCACUAUGAAAGCAGUAGAUUUCUGUCAGUCGAAGUCUUGCUCAGCGCAGGGCGUUCUAAGCUUUUGGAGAGUAUUUUGCACAUGCAAUCGUUUUCUUCAGCAGCAGUCUUCAGCUUUUUUGCCUUUUGCCUAUAACAAUAAUAUGAUGAUAAUAAACUACAGUGCUUGUACAUAUCAGAUAGUACUUGUUAUAUUGUAUUCCAUUUUUUUCCUUAAUUUCAACAUGUUUUGUAGUACUGCUUUUUCAUGAUUACGUUUGUCAAUCAAAACAGAUGUGGGAUGAAAAGUGGAAGUGUUUAUUGUUUCAUUUGUUUUUUAAAAUAAAAUAU